CAACUGAGGACAACACCCCUUGCUGUCCGAAGAUGGAAAACAACAUAACUACUGUCUCUCGUGAAGAGCUUGAAGAACUAAGAGAAGCAUUCGGUAAAAUAGAUAUUGACAACAGCGGAUAUGUCAGUGAUUAUGAGCUUCAGGACCUGUUUAAAGAAGCAAGUCUGCCCUUGCCUGGUUACAAAGUCCGGGAGAUUGUAGAAAAAGUCAUUGCAGUGACAGACAGCAACAAGGAUGGGAGAAUCAACUUUGAAGAGUUUGUCUCAAUAAUUCAGGAAUUGAAAAGUAAAGAAGUUAGCAAAUCUUUCAGAAAAUCAAUAAACAAAAAGCAAGGUAUUACAGCAAUUGGAGGAACAUCAGCAAUAUCUAGUGAAGGGACACAGCACUCUUAUUCAGAGGAAGAAAAAGUUGCUUUUGUUAAUUGGAUAAAUAAAGCUCUACAAGGUGACCCAGACUGCAAGCACCUCCUUCCUAUGAACCCAUCAGAUGCCAGUCUUUUUAAAUCCCUUGCAGAUGGCAUCCUCCUUUGCAAAAUGAUUAACUUUUCACAACCAGAUACAAUUGAUGAAAGGGCUAUUAAUAAGAAGAAACUCACUCCUUUCACUAUUUCUGAAAACCUAAACCUGGCUCUGAACUCAGCAUCUGCCAUUGGCUGUACGGUUGUCAAUAUUGGGUCACAAGAUUUACAAGAAGGAAAACCACACUUGGUGUUAGGACUCCUGUGGCAGAUCAUUAAAGUUGGUCUUUUUGCUGAUAUUGAGAUCUCCAGAAAUGAAGCUCUCAUUGCCUUGCUAAAUGACGGAGAAGAACUAGAUCAGUUAAUGAAGCUUUCCCCAGAAGAGCUCUUGCUGCGCUGGGUGAACUACCAUCUGGCCAAUGCAGGGUGGCAGAAAAUCAGUAACUUCAGCCAAGACAUUAAGGAUUCAAGAGCAUACUACCAUCUGCUAAAUCAGAUUGCACCCAAAGGAGAUGAUCCUGAUGAAUUGCCCAUUAAAAUUGACUUUUCAGCUUUUCAUGAUAAAAAUGACUUGAGGAGGGCUGAAUGCAUGCUCCAACAGGCAGAUAAACUGGGCUGCAGACAGUUUGUAACUCCAGCUGAUGUGGUUGCUGGCAACCCUAAACUCAAUUUAGCUUUUGUUGCAAAUCUUUUUAACACAUACCCAGCCCUAAACAAGCCUGACAAUUCAUCUUACGAUCUCAAUUUAUUAGAAGGAGAAAGUAAGGAAGAAAGGACUUUCAGAAACUGGAUGAAUUCACUGGGUGUAAGCCCAUAUGUUAAUCACUUAUACAGUGACCUUUCUGAUGCUUUAAUAAUCUUCCAACUGUACGAUAUGAUUCGUGUGCCGGUUGGCUGGAACCAUGUCAACAAACCUCCUUAUCCGUUACUCGGUGGUAAUAUGAAAAAGAUUGAGAAUUGCAACUAUGCAGUAGAACUCGGGAGGACAAAAGCCAAAUUCUCACUGGUUGGUAUUGCUGGACACGAUCUAAAUGAGGGUAACCCAACUCUGACUUUGGCUUUGGUAUGGCAGCUGAUGAGGAGGUAUACUUUGAAUGUGUUAUCAGACCUUGGAGAGGGAGAAAAAGUAAAUGAUGAAAUUAUUAUUAAAUGGGUGAAUCAGACACUUGCAAAAGCAAAUAAGAAAACUUCAAUUACAAGUUUCAAGGACAAAUCAAUUAGCACUAGUUUACCUGUCCUAGAUUUAAUAGAUGCCAUUGCACCAAAAGCAGUUCGUCCAGAAAUGGUCAAGAGAGAAGAACUUUCUUACCAAGAUAAAUUGAAUAAUGCUAAGUAUGCCAUUUCAGUUGCUCGAAAGAUUGGUGCUCGUAUAUAUGCUCUCCCAGAUGAUCUGGUUGAAGUGAAGCCAAAAAUGGUGAUGACAGUGUUUGCAUGUUUGAUGGGAAGAGGACUGAACAAAAUAAAAUAA